CCAAUUUCUCUUGAGAUCAUAGAAAUGUGUUUCAAAAUAAGAAGGAAGAUCGAUAACCUCUAAAUUCCUUAAAUUAAUAAAAAGAUUCAAUUUUUAUAUAGCGUAAUGUAUAUAGCAGGAAUCUAAAAAGAGUUAUUUUUGGUAUUUAAUCCUGACCCAAAAGCUGUAAGGGAUCAUGUCGAAUACAGGCGAUGGUAGUUUUAUACCUGCAUCCCAAAGGCCAGAUGGCACUUGGCGAAAAGCCAGACGUGUUAAAGAUGGAUAUGUCCCCCAGGAAGAAGUUCCUCUUUACGAGAGCAAGGGGAAACAGAUCUUGAAUAGAGUUGCGAAGUCUCAAACUAUUGUCUUACCUACAGGCCAAAUAGCUCAUCAAGCAAUUCCUGGAUUGUUUAUUGUUGAAGAUAAGAAUAAAGACAAGAAAACUUCGAAAAAGAAAUCGAAAAAGAAUACCGAAAUUGAUAAUUUGGCUACUAAAAUAAGUAGUACCAAUUUGAAUGGCCAGAAGAGUAGCCCCAAUAAAAACAAUAAAGACAAAAAGGAUGUAGAAAAAGUUGAUACAGAAAUAUCAGUUGAGAAAAAAAUCAAAAACUUGAAGAAGAAAGUCCGGGAAAUUGAGGCCCUGGAAGAAAAACUCAAAAGUGGUAGCAUAACAAAACCGGAACCAGAACAAUUACAAAAAAUAAAAAGAAAAAACGAUUUACUCAUGCAAAUCCGUGAAUUAGAAAAAACAUUAUGAUUAAAUAUGGGGUGAAUGCAUUUUGUAAUUUUUAUAACUUAAUAAUAGUUUUAACUAGAUAUUUUGCCAUUUUUUCAAAGUUCAUUAGUUACUGAAUUAUGUUAAAACAAAUUUUUAAGCAAUAAACUCAUGAUCCUUGCAAU